ACUUAAGGAAUUUUUCUAAUUCCUGAAGAUUUUGCAAAUUUUUAUAAAUUUGGGGAAUAUUUUGCUGAGUUUUUGGAUUUUUUCAGACAAGGGAACAGUUUUUUUUGGUGCCGGUAAAUGAGGACAACAGGAGGGUUAAAUGUUGAAUAUGAGCUUGUUAGCAGUUCUGUGGAUUUUGCUGCAGUUUUUGGCCCUCAUUAGUUGCCUCAUUCUUCUCCUUUUCUUUCUUUUGCCGUGCCAUAUCUAACGCAGCUACGUGAAGAAAAGAGGAGGCAGAUUUCCCCUUUUGAAAACAAGAUUUUGGAGUUUGGGGUCAGAGGUCGACUCCUAAGCCCUCGACUCUCACUGCUGCUGCUACUGAGAGGAUUUCAGCGGCGUGGACGGCGUCGGCUACGUGCAGGAAUCCUUUAAUGAAGCUUCUUGUCAAUUCACUUCUUUAACCAGCCACAGUUAAAUUUGCUUCCCCGUAUGAUCCUGCUCCGUGUGGACUGAUGGGACUUCUGGGUGGGAUUUGCUUGACUUGAGCCGAUGCCAGAAACUGUCCUUCAGCUGAAUGACUCGUGUCGAAUCCUUCCAGUCAAUCCCUAACCUCCCUGAGAUUCCUCCUAACGUGUUUACGCAUCUUGCCGCUUGAUCGUGCGGCCUUUGUUGCCCCGUCCCUCGUCCACGUUUCCACCACACUAAGCGCCCUCCCUUUCCCAGCGCUGCUCCAGUAACUUCUUGGCGAGCUCCUCUAAAAGGCUUAGAGUAAACAGGAUUAGAGAGCAUUAAAAAAUCCUCCUCUCUCCACGAGCCAUCUGCCUAUCUACCUGAGCCAGGAGCUGCCGUCCCCUCAUCGCCGUGGGUCACACCUCUCCUCAGCCCCGGAGGGAAGCAGGAAGCCGCUUCUUCUGUUCUUCUUUUGCCUCCGGAGAAUUCUGAACUAUGCAAACCUGUAAAAAGUUGUUGUCGUUGAUGUUACGUGACUUGAGAGGAAACACGUAUCUGCUUGAUCCUUUUCCGAGUCCACGGAUUUAAAGCACAAUCGCGGAUUUAACAUGAGCUUCGCAUCUUGGAGAUGUGUUUUCUAUGUUGUUGUGUUUAGUUUAGUGGCCCUUUUUCUGGACAUAAGGACCGAUGCGACACUGGAAGGAUCCUCUAUGGGAUCCCUGCCUUACGCUCAGGAGCCGGCGCCGUUUCCACGUAUCGCUCGUAUAUCUGAUGUGAAGGCGUCUCAUGAAGGCCACGCGGUUGAGUCUCGACGGAAGAGGAACAUCCUUUUCCCGAGCGGAGUCAAGCUGUGUGCCCAAGAGACCCUCGAGCAAGUCGCUGCGAACCACCUGAGCUACUUCCACCUCAGAGUGUGCCAGGAGACCAUAUGGGAGGCGUUCAAGAUCUUCUGGGACCGACUGCCAGAACAGGAAGAGUACCAGGGCUGGAUGAGCCGAUGCCAGGAGGGCUCAGUCACGGCAAAAGAUAUUGGCAGCUACUUCAGCCAAUCAGAGGAGCAUCAGACUCUGGUGAAACAGAGGAUGUCCCUGCAGGGUUUGAAAAGUGAGCCCACCAGGUCCUGGCAGCAUAUGUGCAGCACUCCAACGCCUCGGACACCAGAAGGUGUCGACGCUCCUGAACUCGAGGGCACAGCUAAAGCAGAACAGGCUGAGGAGGCAGCUGAAGUCGUACCGGAGGCGGAGGAGGAUCCACUGGACAAUGACAUCGCUUUGGAGCCUCCGACUCCUGCCGCUGUUCUGGAGCAGGUGGUGGAGCUGAGCAUCCUCCUCACCGGGGAGACGUACAGCGACGACCUGGACGAUCCAGCCAGCUUCCAGCGCCAGACCCUCAGCAGGCAGCUCGCUGAAAAGAUUGAAGACGCUCUGCAGAAGCUUCCUGGAUUCAAGAGCGUCUCUGUGAUCGACUUCAGGCUGGAUGGUGUGAUCGUGGACUAUGCCGUCACAGUGGUGGUGGACGGAACCGGAGUGAGCAACGAGCAGCUGGACUACCUGACGCUGCAGUCAAACCGGGUGGAGAGCUCGUACCGUGAGAUCACGGAGCAGUCCACGGCGGUCUACGCCAUCAGUGAGGUCAAAAACGUCCUCACUGAGGCGCUUCACAACGACGAGCAGGACAGCGUGUCUGAGAUUCCUGAAUCUGUCAACGCUGCAGACGAAGCCACGGUCGCUGCUGUUGAUGAGCCACCGGAGGACUUGACCCUGGAAGAGGACAUCGACGAUUACAUCCAUCCCCAACCCUCUGAAACCAACACAGUGGCCACAGCAGAAAACGAUGUUACUGUUCUGGAGGAGAGUGAACCUCUUCCUCCUACUACUGUUCUGACCACCGUUGCACCUGAAGCUGGCAGCAUUGAGGAGGAGGGUCUGUUGCUGGAGGACACUGUGCAGACUCCUGCUUCAGAAAACCCCCCAACUGAAGAACUCCCAGCUGAGCUUCCCACCCCUGAGCAGCCAGAGAGCGCCACACUGCCUGAACCGCCAGUGGAAACUGAGGCCUCUGGCUCAGGUCCAAAUGACCUGGAGAUCCUACUCGAACCAUCAACAACCACCGCAGAAGGAGGAGAAGAAGAAAAAGCAGAAGAAGCACCUCUUGAGGAGACUACUUCAGAGAAUAUGCCAAUAACAGAAGCAGUCGGCAUCAGUACAGAUGUUACAUCGGAAGCUGAAGCAGUCGAAGUUGAGGUUGCUGCAGUGGAAGAAGAACCUACAACUGCAGCUUUGGACAAGGAACUUCUGGAAGAGGUGCUGAAUGAAGUAGAGAUCCCAGAAGACCUUGAGAUCUCCACAAUCACAACUGAGACCAUAGAGGAAGAGGUCCUGCCUGCCCAGGUUCCACUUCCUGAGGUCGUAGAAGCAGCGAGUGAAGCACCUGAGCCAGAGUCAACAGAAGCUGCUCUGAUUCCUGUUGACUCAGUGGAGGAGGUGCCAGAAGAGUCGAUCAUCUCAGAUGUUCCAUCUGCAGAUGAGGACGUUAACGCCAACCACCCUGAGGAAGAUUCAGCCAGUGACGUGGUUUUGACCAAUCCUGAGGUACCUUCAUCUGAAGAGGAUGUCGUAGAGGACGUUGAAGAGAGCGAGGUGAAGGAAGAGACUGCACCUGAAGCUCCAGCUGUAGAAGUAGAAGCAGAGGCAACAAAAGCGCCAGAGAUCUCAACAGCAGAUCUUACAGAGGAUGAGAUCUUACUGGUGAACACAUAUAACCCAGAGUUGCCGAUCACAGAUGUACCAAACCUCGCCCAACCGACUGCCCUGUCUCCAGAGAUAGAGUUGCCUUUCACUCGUAUCUCUGACGUCAGUCCGGAUCCUGAGGAACAACCUGACAUAAUUAUCCCAGCACUGGUGGAGAUUCAGACGACCAACGAUGGCUUGGACGACGCCACCAUUGGAGACCAUGGGUUUGGUGUGGUUCAUUACGGUUACGGUCCCAUCAACCACACAGAAGAGGGCAGCACUGGAUUUCCAAUCGGCAUUUCCCACGGCACAGACCAGGCCAGUAUCGCCAUGCCUGUGAACCCUGGACGAGCACUGAUGGUCUUCUUCAGCCUGAGGGUGACCAACAUGAUCUUCUCUGAGGACCUCUUCAACAAAAGUUCUCCAGAGUACAAGGCUUUGGAGCAACGCUUCCUUGAGCUGCUUGUGCCCUACCUGCAAUCCAACCUGAGUCACUUUGAGAACCUGGAGAUCCUGAACUUCAGGAAUGGGAGCAUUGUGGUGAACAGCCGGAUGAAGUUCGGGAGGCCUGUGGCUCAAGGCGUCACCACCACCGUUUACCUAAUCCUGGAAGACUUCUGUAACACCGCCUACCAGACCAUGAACCUGGCCAUCGAUAAGUACUCUCUGGACGUUGAGUCGGGUGACCAGGCCGAUCCCUGCAAGUUCCAGGCGUGCAACGAGUACGCAGAGUGUAAAGUGAACAAGUGGUCUGGGGAGGCCGAGUGCGUCUGUAACGCCGGCUACUUCAGCGUGGACGGCCUUCCCUGUCAGAGCAUCUGCGAGCUGCAGACAGACUUCUGCCUCAAUGACGGCAAGUGUGACAUCAUCCCCGGCCAGGGAGCCAUCUGCAGGUGCCGCGUUGGAGAGAACUGGUGGUACAGAGGAGAGCACUGUGAGGAGUACGUGUCCGAGCCGCUGGUGGUCAGCAUAGCGAUCGCCUCUGUAGCUGGAUUCCUAUUGGUGGCUUCUGGAGUCAUCUUCUUCCUGGCCAGGACGCUACGAGACCAAUACGACAAGGACGAGUCAGAGGACCCCAUAAGGCGAGCAGAAAGUCUCCCAUCUUUGGAGAGGGCGACCAAGUACAACCCCAUGUACGAGAGCGAGGCCACCACGGGCUACAGCCACUACUACCGCCGCUAUCCUGAGGCUCCUGUGUACAGCAGCGCCAGUGCCGAGGCCUCCACCGACUUCAGCAGCGAGGAGAUACGACACAUCUAUGAGAACAGCGAACUGACCAAGGAGGAAAUCCAAGACAGGAUACGCAUCAUUGAACUCUACGCUAAGGACCGGCAGUUUGCAGACUUCGUGCGGCAUCAUCAAGCUGUCCUGGACACCCGCAGAGAGAGCUCCUCCACGCAGACAUGAAGCUUUCCAGGCAGAAACAAGAAACAAGCCUCUCUGCUAAAAAGUGACGCUCUGCAUCAAGACUUACUGGUUCUCAGAGGCUGGACUUCACUGUUUAGAAAGGACUGUCUUUCAGCAAACCGCUCUGAUAACCUCAGCAGUAAGUCUGUUCCUGCCUGGCUGGGCAGAGAGGUGGACUGUUCUUCCUCCUUCCUCGGUGCCUUCUCUUGUGAGCUCGCUGUGACACCACGUUUGCUGCUCAUCUGCUGGACGUCUCCCUGUAGGGAAACCUGGACCGCAUCCUAUUACUUGAAAUGCUGACAAACACAUGUACCAAUUAGCGCUUUUGCUUAGAGGCGUAAUGUUGCGCUGCAUCUGUCCAUUCUUUAAAGGGAAGAACAUAAACUGUGAAUAUGUAUAUAGUUGAAGUGACGUCUCUUAGUCAACUUUGGCUCUAAUGCUCAGAUUUAAUCUUUAGGUCUUCUGAAAGAGACAGUGAGAGCUGCUAGAUAAUGGUGCUAUUUAAUUUAAAGUACACUUUUAAUAAAUGUCGUGGUCCACAAAGGCCAACUUUUACAAGUUUAAAGCAACACCAAUGGGUCAUUCUGUGUAUUAGAGUACUACUAUCCAUUAAAGGAAUAGUUCAGAGUUUUGGGAAAGACACUUAUUUUCUUUCUGGCAGAGAGUUAGAUAAAAAAAUCAACUAAACACGGCCCCAAAACUGCCCUAUGGGUUUUAAAAGUAUGCUGUCAUUAAACAUCUUGCAAUAUUACAGUAUUUAUAAGAGUAACAAACUGUAAAAGUAGAAAUAGUCGUAUGAUUUUUCAGUAGUCUUUAACCUCCUAGGACUUGGCAUUUACGUAUGUGGACAUCUUUUUUUUUCCCCACAAAGAGCAUAUUGUUCAUAAUAAUAAUAUUAAUAAAAAUAAUCACAAUAAUAAUUAUAGUAAUAAAUAAAAAUAACAACAAUAACAAUAUAAUAUUAAUAUAAUAUACAUUUAAUGACAUAUUAGAUAUUAUCCACAUUAUUAUAUUUAUUGGUUACUCCUUAUCCCAGAUAAAUAGAAGAAAUCUAAAAAAACAGCCCAACCAAAGCUCUGGUCUCAAGAGAUUGAACUGCUUACCUGUGAUUUGCCGUUCUGACAGGAAAAUAAAACGUAUCUCAGCUUAAAACUUUGAUAUUUUAUCAAAAUCACUUAUAUGUCUCAUUUAAAAAUUCGCCAGGAAAAAACCCCAAAAACAUUUGCACUAAUCAUCCGUCCAUCCAUUUUCUACACGCCUCUUAAUCCUCAUAAGGGUCACAGGGGGCUGGAGUCUAUCACAGCUGACUGAGGGUGAAGGCAGGGGACACCUGGACAGGUAACAGUCUGUUACAUAGAGACAAACAAUCACACUCACAUUCACACCUACAGACAAUUUGGAAUCACCAAUGAACCUCAGUGUGGGAGGAUGCUAGCCUAGCCGCGCUAGACAACCCACGGCAACGAAUUUAAUUCUCUGCCAGGGUGGGUCUAGUUACCCUCCAUAAGGCUCGAGGCUGGAUUCUCCUAAAACUGGCCGGACCAAUCACCAUGAAGUGUAGAGUCAGAAGGCGGGCGUAACUAAGUGACGACAGAGGCGUGACGAUUCUGACAGAAACAACCGGCACACAAUAAACCGUUAUCUUUAGACUCGGCUUUGGCCACAGCCCUUAAAGAUUUGAAGCUAAAAUUCAACUUGAAAGAUAAACAAAGGACGGCACUGAAGUGUUUCAUUGAGAAGAAAGACGUAUUUGGACUUAUGCCGACGGGAUAUGGCAAAUCCUUAAUAUACCAGUUGGCUCCGCUGGUUGGGAAGCUAAUGGGACUUAGCCACAAUCCGCUGGCGCUCUAGGAACUACGUCAGCCUAUUCGUUGCGCUGAUUGGUUGUAUACCUACCCAAUUGCCGCAGAGUGAUUUGAAAGACAACCUUUUAGCCCGCCUCCCUCCCUGUCCAGCGGUCCUAGACCCUUGUGCCUUCAGAACAUGGGUAUAGCGCGGCUAGGCUCGGAGGAUGCUGGAGUACUGGGUGACAACCCACGCAGGAACAGGGAGAACAUGCAAACUCCACACAGAAAGAUCCCAGUCCAGGAUGCAAACUGGGAAUCUUCUAGCUGUAAGGUGACAGUGCUAACCACUUAUCCGCCGUAGAGGCCCCAGACUAAUCAGAUUCUAUAAAAAAUUCUCUAGAUUCUGCUACUCAGCUGGAAACAAGACUCAACAGAUGCAACAAAACUCGUGAAUUAUCAGUUUGACUCGGUUGAACUGCAGGUGGUGUUUACACAGAGCAGAUAGUAGACAAGUACAGAAGCACACCGAAAUCUAAGCAGUAAAACAUCUACAGUAUGUGGCACCGCCAUUUUUUCCAGCAUUGGUAACCGCUCUGAGUUCUUGGAAAAACAUUGUACAAGUUCAUUCUGGUGUUUUGUGGAUUUUUGUGAAAUAGAUCAUCAAAGAAAUUCAAAUAUUUUUCUAAUGAUUUAUGGCAUUUUUACUGUGUUAAACUACACAACACACACUUCUGAGUUCUCUCUAUUUCUGUGGUGGUGGUUGAAAAAUGAAUCCACAAAAAUGACGCUAAAAGGCUAAGAGGUUUGGAGUGUCAAAUCAAAGACAGAAAACAUGGGCCACCAGCUCAAUAUAUGGCAAAUUGUCAUUUUAACUCUUUGGUUUUUGUACAAAUUUAACGAAAAUGUGUUAACUCAAGAGCUUUACUGGGAAAACUAACACGAGCAGCAGUAAUCCUUUCGGUCCACAGCGACUCUGACAGGCGGUCAGGCACCGGGCAGACCGACAGCAGAACUUUAUCGUAUCAAAACACGUUUUUACAUCCAAAUUCAUCAAUUUAAUUGGGGAAAUUUACUUGGAACAGUGAAUCCAGAAAGCUUGCAGUCUGAUCCAUCAUAUUAAUAGCAGUAGUAGGGGGUAUAUAAAGAGUCAUUUGGUGCGUCGGGGGGAAAAAAUAAAGAAUAAGAAAAGGAGUAGGAACUUGUUACGGGAUUAAAACAGUUUUCUAAAUUAAUUGUGAAUUGUAUGUAACUACUGGACAGAACCAGGGGAUCUGUCUGUCCUUGUUUUCAGCUACGCUAAGUGGCUGUUACUAUAGCGUUAAAUCUAAUGAUAUAAAGACAGUUGCAAUUUUCACAUCUAAAUCUCUGCCAGAAAACAAUAUGUCAAACUAUUCCUUUAAGGUGGCCAAACGUAGUACUUCUGUAUAUAUUAUCGAUGUAGAAAUAGUCUUUCACAGUCUGAAGGUCGAGUAGAAGGUUCAUUUCAACUAUUUUUCCACUGGCAGGUGAUUUUUCUGCCUUUUCAAGAGCUCCAACGAUGAGGAUCUUUGGAUUUUGUUUGUAAAUGUCUGACCAGGCAGACGUGAGUUAAAAAAACAGUGGUGAGGGAAGAAAGGCAGAGAGCAUGAACCCUCUAUAGCUCUGGGAUCCAGAAAUAAGUGAAAACACGUUUCAGUGGAAAAAUGCUCCGAGGCAGGCGGCCCAGGGAUUUGAUCAAAUGGUCUGCUUUUAGAUGUCAUAUGUAAUACAAAUGAAAGAACAGGAAAAGCAAGCUGAUAAACAACAUAUGCUCUUUGGAAGGACAAUCUCAAGCUGCGUCUCCUGCUGCUGACAAACUUUAAGGUUACCAGCGAUUCUUAAGAAACGCUCCGUCCUGCUGCGACUACUUAUCUGGCUGCGGUCCUGUUCCUCAAUCUGAAGCCUCCUGACAGACUAAUUUCAGUGUUUUCUUUGGUCUUCUCAUCCAUUUCUCUCUGGACUUGUUGUACUUGACCCUUUUUGACCCCUCCAACGGACCCUCACAGCUGCAGCUGAUUACGAUCUUGCGGCUGUCGUCUGUUGUCGGCCGGUCUGACAUUCGUGUCUGCUUCGAGGUCACAGUCACACGCAUAGAUCACGUUGUAGCUGCUUGUUUACAUUACAUGCUUCUUGUCCUUUGCUGUUCUUCUAGACGUCCACACGAGCGAAAAACGCUGGCGCAGCAGACCCUUGUGACAAUGUCAUGCCUUUUGCAGUUUGUGUCCAAUUUUUAUUUUAUAUGUAUGCCGCUUUUAUUUGUGUCUGCAUACAAUUUCAGCCACUGUCCUUCAACAUCUGCCACCAGGACAAGAAGCCAAUCAUCAUCACACAAUCUUCUGUCAUGUAAGUAACCUUGUAGAUAUUGUAAGCAGUCGUACUGUAGGAUGUAAAUGACUCGUGUCUCUGAUGUUUCAACAUGUGAACAUAUUCCUUUUAUAACGAUGACUCUGUCACCAUGUUAACAGUGUUAUCGUAACGUGCAGCUGUGUAAAUGACUAAUAAACGUGUAAUGUGUACAAAAAUAAAGUUUUUUACAUAAAAAUA